AUGUCGGCCCCCUCCGGCCCUGGCCCUGCCCCGGCCGUGCAGGUGUCCUUGUGGCACCACUACCUGCAGGCCAUCCGGUCGCGCGAGGCGCCCCGGGUCCAGGACUACCAGCGCGCAGAGAACGUGCUGCUCACGGUUCUGGAGCGCGUGCACGCGCUGGACGCCCGCUUCCUCGUGGACUACUCCCGCGACCUGGAGGCCUUCCAGUUCGCGCUGCGCUCCUCAGAGGACCCGCUGCUCGUGGAGGUGCCCCUGGGGGUGGACGCCGAGGCCCUGCUGAUCGAGGAGCCGGGGGCCGCCGAGCCGGGGGGCGGCCCUGCGUCCUGCCGCCUGGGCGUCCCCCGGGAAGGGGCCGGCCUGGAGCGCUGGACCAGCGACGACGUCUUCAGCGCCUCCUCAGAGGACAGCGCCGAGUGCCGCGGCCACAUCGUGCCCAGCAAGGUCCUGCGCGUCCUCAAGGACCUGCUGGUGGCGGCCACUGUGCACUGCAAGCACCACGGCCUCAUCGCGCCAGGUUCGCUCAACGCGGCCAGCCUGCGGGAGGAGCAGCUGCGCCUGACCUUGCUGGUGUCCAGCGGCUGGAGGACCAUCCGCUUCAGCGUCGUGCCCGUGGUGCGGAGGCGGCAGAGGCUGCCCGCCCUGGAGGGGGCCCAGCUGACACCCGGCUUCCCCGAGGGCAGCGUGACAAGGAUCAUCGGCCGAGGGGUGGACCUGGUGCCGGCCAGCGCCCAGCACUGGAGGACCUCCACGGACCACCUGCUCACCAGGCUGCUGGGUGCACUGGGCGCCCUGCGGGGCCACCGCCUGGACAGCCUCUCCAUCCUCGACCGGGUGAACCACGAGAGCUGGCGAGACGGGGGCCACAGUGCCGGCCUGACCUUCGGCCACCUGAAGACGGUGCUGCUGUGGGCCUCCAUGCUGUUCCCCGCGCCCGAGGACUGGGCGGAGCUGCAGGGCGCCGUGUACCGCCUGCUGGUGGUGCUGCUCAGCUGCCUGGCCACCAGGCACCUGCCCCACUUCCUGCAACCUGAGCACAACCUGCUGCAGGACAGCGGCCUGGACCUCAACGCCAUCUACCAGCGCGUGGAGGCCUUCGCCAGCCAGCCCGAGGGGUCCCUGCGCAUCCACGUCACCCACCUGGACCGCACCCCCCCGCCGCGCAUCGGCACCGGGGUCAAGGCCCUCCUGCAGCUGCCCGCCAGCAACCCCGCCUACUGGGCCACCGCCUACUUCGACGUCCUGCUGGACAAGUUCCAGGUCUUCAACAUCCAGGAUGAGGACCGGAUCUCGGCCAUGCAGAGCAUCUUCCGGAAGACCAGGACCCUGGGUGGCGAGGAGAGCUGAGCCGGCCGCCGGCCUCUACUGGCCCGCAGCCUCUCUGCGCUGCACCACGGGAGCCCCCGGAACGUUUGCAGGAGGGACGGGCUUCUCCGUGAGGUGGGUGGUGGAGGGACUUUGUCCCCAGGACCACCCUCAGACUGCGGGGGACGGGGUUACGGCCUCUGAGAACCCGAAAGCUCCGGGCAGGUGGCCAGGGCCUCGUCGGCGGGUGAGGGCCCGGGGAAGGUGUGAGGCCUUCACGCGACGCUUGUCGGCCCAGCCGUGCGAUGUGGUCAAGAAAACCGCGUUUCUGCAGGAGGCCUGGAGCCGGAGGGCUCGUCCUGCCCGCACCGUCCGCCACUCCUUGGUGAUGAAAUGCUGUAUGUUCGGUCUGAGAUAAAAGCGUGCACUGGA